AUGAUUAGUUCAUUACACCAAAAGCUGCUUCCGAGAAGAAGCAUCGUAGGCAAAGUUCUCACGACGCGGCUUGCAGGCGGAUUUUUUCAGGCCAAAUAUUUGUCUAGCAGUAGAGUUCUAUCUAGCUUACCUCAUAGCUCGCUGUACUCACGAAUAUCAUAUUUGCCUUCAUCUUCCUGUCUCCAACGACUAUUCAGUGGCUACCCGGCAAAGCAAGUCCAAAAUACAAGACAGCCCGAAUCCACCUCAACACAGUUAGUUAUUCCAGAAAAUCUGAAUCCGGCGGAGAAAGAAAUCUAUCAGCUCUUAGCCCGUGAGCUUGAACCUUCAGUCCUCAAAGUGCAGGAUAUCAGCGGUGGGUGCGGUAGUAUGUAUGAAAUUCACGUUGUCAGUGCGCGAUUUCGGGGGUUACGAAUGUUACAGCAACAAAGACUGGUUAAUAGCAUACUUGGAGACAUGCUCAAGAAGUGGCACGGAAUGCGAUUAACCACUAGUGAUACAUGA